CACGGUCGUUGCCUCGCUGGGGACAAAGGUCUGGCCGCAGCUCGGACCCGGGGCCGAGAGGCCCCGUUCCCCACCCCCGCCACUGCCCUGCAGUAGAACCCGACCUUCUCCGGCCACCGGAGCUGGGGCUGAUGGGGAACCCCGGCGGACAGGCUCGGGGGCUGCACCCAUCGCUCCAUGUCCCUUUGCCUGUGGAAGGGUCACCAGCACUGGAGCAGCCCCUGGGUAAAGAGGAUCCGGUGGGAGAUGCCCCCGUUGCUCCAUGUGCCCUUUCCCCUGCCAUGGAGGGGUCACUGUCCCUCCAGUGGCCGUCGGGGCUGAGUGGGCUCUCAUGGGGUCUGCCCCCCUUGUCCCACACCCCUACACCAGUGUGUUUGCUCUGUUGGGCCAACAGCAUGGCCAAAACCCCUCUGGAUUCAGAGGGACAGACUGGAACUGGGGACAGAGCCCAGGUCUGGGACAGGGCUCCCAGUAUGAACUGAGCAGAAGCCGAUGCAGCCCUGGGGCUCUCUGGAAGCCGGCCAACGGAGGCAGCUGCCCGCAGGACUGGCAGUGAGACCUCUGGAUCCCGAUUCGCCAUCCAGCCGGUCAUUCCCGGUGUAUUCCUGCCCUGCUGUCCUGCAGGGGCUACUCCAGGGAUGCCGAGGGCAGCUGGUUCCGCUCCCUCUUCGUGCACAAGGUGGAUCCACGCAAGGAUGCACAUUCCAACCUCCUCUCCAAGAAGGAGACCAGCAACCUCUACAAGAUCCAGUAGAGGAGGUACUGCCCAAGCUCCACUCAGACCCUGACUACCCCUGUGACCUGGUGGGCAACUGGAACACGUGGUACGGCGAGCAGGACCAGGCAGUGCACCUGUGGCGCUUCUCGGGCGGGUACCCGGCACUCAUGGACUGCAUGAGCAAGCUCAGGCAGAACAAGGAGUACCUGGACUUCCGCAAGGAGAGGAGCCGGAUGCUGCUGUCCCGCAGGAACCAGCUGCUCCUGGAAUUCAGCUUCUGGAAUGAGCCUCAGCCACGCCAGGGACCUAACAUCUACGAGCUGAGGACCUACAAGCUGAAGCCAGGGACCAUGAUUGAGUGGGGCAACAACUGGGCUCGGGCUAUCAAGUACCGCCAGGAGAACCAGGAGGCAGUCGGGGGGUUCUUCUCCCAGAUCGGGGAGCUCUACGUGGUGCAUCACCUCUGGGCCUACAGGGAUCUGCAGUCCCGGGAGGAGACGAGGAAUGCGGCCUGGAGGAAGAGGGGCUGGGAUGAGAAUGUUUAUUACACUGUCCCGCUGAUCCGGACCAUGGAAUCACGGAUAAUGAUUCCCCUGAAGAUCUCCCCCCUGCAGUGAUUUGGGGGGACCGUGCCAGGGGGGUCUCCCUGCACCCCCAGGGGCUCCCUGCCUGUGCCCUGGCCUUGCUGGGGAAGGGCUGGGGGUUUCUGCUCCUCCCAGCUCCCAGCUCUCUCCCCCACCCCAUUUUGGGGUGCCCUGUAGGGGUUGAGAACAGGGAGGGGAAGGUGGGAGCCCCCCAUCCUGUGGAGGUCCCCAGGAUGGUGCUGCUGGGGUGGCUGAGCAGGCUGUGGAGGUGGGGGGGGGCUUAAUUGCUCCUGAUGAGCC